AUGUCGGACCAUUUGGUGACAGAAGACAAGCAUAAGAGCCAUCAGAAGAGACACAGCGGUCGGAAGUUUGAUAAGAAACAGAUUAGGAGUAGAAGUGAUGGAAGCGAUGGCAACGACAAGAAGCCGAAGAACACGAAGGCGUUCGCCAUUAAGUCUGCGGUUAAGGCCGAGAGACAGUUCCGCCGCAAACAGGACUUGACUGCCAAGAGAGAGCACAUCCCAGUGAUAGACAGGACACCCGUAGAGCCGGCGCCGUAUGUGGUGGCAGUGGUUGGGCCCCAAAAGGUGGGCAAAUCAACGCUCAUCGCAUCGGUAGUGAAGCAAUGGAGUCGACACUCUCUGAACCAAAUGAAAGGUCCGAUCACUUGCGUGUCGGGGAAGAAGAGACGCCUCACUCUCAUUGAGUGCAAUAACGACAUCAACUCAAUGAUCGAUUUGGCAAAAGUGGCGGAUUUGGUGCUACUCUUAGUGGACGCCAGCUUUGGCUUUGAAAUGGAAACCUUUGAGUUCCUAAACAUCUGUCAAUCGCAUGGAUUCCCGAGGAUUAUGGGGGUAUUGACUCAUUUGGAUGUGUUUAAGAACCAGAAGGUGUUGCGGAAGACGAAGAAGAUAUUGAAACACAGGUUUUGGACGGAAAUCUAUUCGGGGGCCAAACUGUUCUACUUGUCCGGAAUGAUUGGCGGCCAUUACCUCAAGAACGAGAUCCACAACUUGUGUCGAUUCAUAUCUGUCAUCAAAUUCCGUCCGUUGCAGUGGAUUACGAGUCAUCCGUACCUCAUAUGCGACCGAAUCGAAGACAUCACUAAUCAGGAGCUCAUCCGUCAGAACCCUAAAUGCAAUCGAAAGGUCUGUCUCUUUGGGUAUUCGCGCGGAAGUAAUUUCAAGAGGAAUCACGACAUCCAUAUCCCCGGCUGUGGAGACUUUGUCAUCAAAGACGUGUCAUUCCUAUCGGAUCCGUGUCCUCUUCCAGACAAAGAAAAGCGUCGUUCGCUUAAUGAAAAAGAGCGACUCAUUUACGCGCCGAUGUCUGGCGUCGGGGGUCUGGUCUACGAUAAGGACGCGGUUUAUAUCGAUUUGGGUGGAAGUCAUUCACACAAUGAUGAAGAAGUGGAUGAAAACGCGGAACAAUUGGUGUCGUCUAUUAUCUCUAACCCCCAACCAAUCGAUGAAAAGCUCGCGUCGACUGAACUGAAACUCUUUAGUUCCGCAGAACCUAUGGUUGGAUCAGAUGUUUUCACUGAUGACAAGAGAGUCCGGAGGAGAGUUACGUUCAGUAAAGAAGUAGAUUUUAAAGACAAUGACAGUGGAAGUGAUUCUGAAGAGAAUAGUGACGAUGAAAGUCAAGAUUUCGAACAAAACUCUGACGAAGAAAAUGACGAAACGCUUGAAUUCGACGAAGAAAUGGAAAGCGAAGACGAAUUCAAUUACUCGAAGUGGAAGAAUGACUUGUCUUCGAAGGCUUCGACCGCUUUUUACUCGCGACUCGAGAGAUCAGAAAACGUCCAGAAAUUAGUUUACGGAGAGUUCAGUGAUUUGAAAGACGACAACCAUUUCGAGGACUUUCGAGAACUCUCUGACGGAUUGUUUAAAGUGAUUGAGAAGAGACACGAAGACAUGAAUAAAAUGAAGACAACUCUCAAUUCGAUAGAAUGCUCUAAAUUUCCGCAACAAUUGCUCAUUGAUUGGAACAGUGAAGAGGUUUUGGCGACAAUUAGGGACUGCUUUGUGACCGGGAAGUGGAGUGACACCGAAGACGCCGCCAAACUCUUGGCCGCUGACGACAAGGCUUUAGAUGACGAGUCAGACGAAGAAGUAUUCGGAGAUUUCGAAGAUUUGGAAACCGGAGAGAAAUAUGUGAACGAAGAGAAUGAAGAAAAGGACGAAAAAGAGUCGAAUAAUAAUGAUAUGAAUGAAAGGGAGAAACGGAUGGAGAAGAAGAGGAAAAUGAAGGCAAUGUUUGACUCGGAGUACGACGAGAAGGGCGGGGAGGAGAAGACAUUCCUUGACUUGGAGAAGGAGAAACUCGAAGAGCAGAGUCGGUUAAACAGAAGUGAAUUCGAGGGCAUGUCUGACGAGCAGAGGGUUGAGUUCGAGGGCUUCAGACCGGGAAUGUAUCUGAGGGUCGAAAUCGAGAACAUUCCGCACGAACUGAUCGAUCACUUCGACGCCAGCUAUCCGUUGAUUGUCGGCGGACUCCUCUCCGGCGAGACUAACAUUGGUUUCGUGAGAGUGAGGAUCAAAAAGCAUCGCUGGUAUCAAAAGAUACUGAAAACACGCGACCCUCUCAUCCUAUCCCUGGGUUGGAGACGAUUCCAAACACAGCCCCUGUAUUCCACUCAAGACGACAACGGACGCAAUCGACUCCUCAAAUACACGCCCCAACACAUGCACUGUUACGCCUCCUUCUGGGGGCCCAUCACUCCGCAGAACACGGGCUUUAUUGCCGUCCAAUCGGUGGCUGACGUGAGCGCAGACUUUCGAAUCGCAGCCACAGGUGUUGUCCUCGAUAUCGACAAGUCUUCACAAAUCGUGAAAAAGUUGAAACUCUUGGGGAAUGCGCUGAAAAUAUACAAAAAGACGGCAUUUAUUAAAGGAAUGUUUAACACAGCGCUCGAAGUGACCAAAUUUGAAGGCGCGUCCCUCCGGACUGUGAGUGGCAUUAGGGGUCAAAUCAAGAAAGCCAUUCGUGCGCCUCCCGGAGCCUUCAGAGCCACUUUCGAGGAUAAGAUUCUGAUGAGUGAUAUCGUGUUCCUUAGGACGUGGUAUACCGUCGUUGUGCCCAAAUUCUACACAACUGUCACUUCACUACUACUCCCGCCCAACGAAAAGCUCAAAUGGCAGGGAAUGAAGACUGUGGGCCAACUCAGACACGAACAGGGAUUACAUGCGCCCAACAAUCAGGACUCGCAUUACAAACAAAUUGAGCGCAAAAAAUACAAUUUCAAACCCUUUACAAUACCUAAAGCACUGCAACAGGAGUUGCCCUUUAAGUCAAAACCAAAGUUUUUGCCGAAAAAGGAAAAUAAAGUGAAUAGAGUGGCAGUGGUUAGGGAUCGGGAGGAACAACAGACUCAUAAUCUAAUGAAAAUGAUUAGAGCCUCACAUAAACACAAAGUGAGGAAAGAGAAGGAAGUGAUGGCUCACAGAGUGGCUAAACAUCAGAAAGAAAUGAAGAAAAUACAGACUGGAAAACAUGAGAAGCAGAGGGAGACCAAGAAGAGAGUGUUCCGCACAAUGGGUCGCAAGAGUGGCGGCAAACCUAAAGACUGAUUCAAUUGUUAUUUAUAUAUAGC